AUGGAUCGCACCGCCGUCGCCGACGUCACGCCCUCCGGCGCGUUCGCCAGAAAAGAGUCCACAUUUCGAAACUCAUUUGACGUCCACGGCCCACAUCCGCCCGAGCGCGAUCGUUACGUCCUCGUCGUCUCCCUCGCCUGUCCCUGGGCGUGCAGAGCGCUGAGCGUGUUGCACCUGAAAGGACUGGAAAACGUGUUUAAAGUGGUCGUGACGCACCCGGUGUGGGCACGAACGCGACCUGAGGACGCGAACGAUGCACACUGCGGAUGGGUGUUCGUGAAGCCGGGAGAGUCGAUCGCGAACCCGGCCGGAGUGGGGCAUUUCGUCGCGGAUGGGCGUUGCUCCUCGAGCGCACCUGAAGACGCAAAGUUCGUCAGGGAUCUAUACGAGUUGUGCGGAGCACCGAAGGAGCAGCGAUUCACGGUACCUUUGAUUUGGGAUACGAAGGCGCGGACGAUCGUGAACAACGAGAGCUCGGAGAUCAUUCGGGAGAUGAACACGAAUUUUAACGCGUUUUCGUCGUCGCCCGAGCGCGCGGCGUUGGAUCUAUACCCAGAGGCGCUUCGGGAGCGAAUCGAUGAUAUCAACGGUUGGGUAUAUCAUCGGGUGAAUAACGGUGUGUACAAAUGCGGUUUCGCCGUUACCCAAGAGGCGUACGACCAAGCCGUGAAGGAUUUAUUCGAGGCGCUCGACGACAUCAACAGCAUUCUGAGCGAGUCUCGAUACCUGUGUGGCGACGUCUUCACCGAGGCCGACGUUCGAUUGUGGCAGACGUUGAUUCGCUUCGACGAAGUCUACGUCGUCUACUUCAAGACGAACAAGAAAUUCAUACAUCAGUACGAACACAUCUCCGGAUACGUCCGCGAGCUGUGGCAGAUGCCUGAGCUCCGAGCGGCGACGAACAUGGAUCACAUCAAGACCCACUACUUCGCCUCACAUCCGUCGCUCAACGCGCACGCGAUCAUACCAAUCGGUCCCGACGUAAAUUUGGACGCCCCACACGGCCGUGAAGGCGACUACCCGAGGAAAUAA